AUAACUAAAUUUCUCGAAAUCCAGAGCUUAAUAAGCUAUCUAAAAUCUAGAGGACGGCAAAGAGGAAAAAUUCCUGACUGGAAUUUUUGCCGUCGCUCUUGGCCGUUUCCCGGCAACCGACAGUGUUUUGACCUGACAUUGAGAGAAUCAGGACAGAUAAAAAAUAUGUUUAAAUUCUCGAAUUAUUAAUGUUUUUCUGUCACUUGCCAGCUGCAUAGUUUUUGUGCCAGGGGCAUUUUCUCUGACCUCUUCUUAAAGAAAACCCUUAACAUUUGAUGCCAGAUCUAUACAAAAUCUGUCAUAAGACAGCGUGGAAUUGAUCGGGAGGGGCUUUGACAGGCACAUCUCAGUGAUAACAGAGAAGUUUCGUCGGAUCGAGUUAGAUGGUACGUUUUUUGGAGAUUUUGUUGCCGAAUUCAAUUCCUUGCAGUUUUAUAGGUUUCUGAGACGGAUUUGUGGCGGAUCGGGUGAAGUAAGGGCAUCGUGAUAGCGCAGAGAGUUGAGGACACACAAUUGAUUUUUCUUUCGAUUUUGAGGCAUUUGACGGUGUUUUGCGACAAAAAUUUGAGACUUGGAUUGCUUUUGAGGUAUAUGACGGAGUUUUAGGAGAAACAGGGCUUUGCUGAGAGGUCUGAAUUGGUGAGGGCAAGAUGAAAAAGGUUUUGGAUCAGACUUAUAGAGACAUUCGGAGAGAGGUGAAUAAAAAAGUUCUGAAGGUGCCUGGAAUUGAGCAAAAGGUACUUGAUAUUACAAGCAAUGAGCCAUGGGGCCCUCAUGGAUCUGUAAUGGCUGAUAUUGCACAAGCCACUAGAAAUUAUCAUGAAUAUCAGAUAAUCAUGUCUGUGCUCUGGAAAAGGCUAAAUGAUACUGGUAAAAACUGGCGCCAUGUUUAUAAGUCUUUGACAGUUCUUGACUAUUUAGUGGGAAACGGCUCAGAGCGUGUUAUAGAUGAUCUUCGAGAGCAUGCUUACCAAAUUUCGACUCUCUCCGAUUUCCAGUAUGUUGAUUCGCAUGGGAAAGAUCAAGGACAGAAUGUUAGAAAGAAGGCACAGGCCAUUGUUGCUCUUAUUAAUGACAAAGAGAGAAUACGAGAAGUGAGAGAGAAGGCUGCUGCCAACAGAGACAAAUACCGAGGAGCCUCAGCAACUGGAGGUAUGUACAGGCCAAGUUCAUAUUCAAGUACUGGAGGUGGUUAUCGCGGUGAUCCAUACGAGGAAGACCGAUAUGGAAGUCGUUCUGGAGGGAGAGAUGAUGAUCGAAAUGGAUAUGGGAGAGAAAAGGAAUGGGACAGGUAUAGAGAUGAUGACAGAUAUGGAAGGAAUGGAGAUUCUUAUGGUAAGGAUGGAGACCGUUACAGUAGAGAUGGUGGUGAACGUUACAGUCGAGAUGGGGAGCGCUAUAGAGAUGAUGAGUAUGGUGUAGGUAAAGAUAACGAAGAGGACCGUUAUGGCUCAAGAAAAGGUGAUAGAAGCUAUGAAAAAGAGAAAGAUCACUCCUAUGAAGAUGAUGACCGAUAUUCUUCAAGGAAUGGAGGCAGAACUAGUGAUUAUGGGCCGGAGGACAGGUAUGAGCGAAAACUGUCAGGAGGAAAAAUGGGAGCUCCUCCAAGUUAUGAAGAAUCGGUUAAUGAUUCUGUUCAUCGCCAAAGUGAUGAAAGGGAUGGAGGGAAUCUGGCAGCUAGUGUAGCAAAAGCAACUACCCGACAAGCUACUAAAAGUCAAGGUCAAGAUGCUCCAGUCAUUGCAGAGAAUGUUGAAAGUUCUACAAGCAUUCCCUCUGGCAGCUUUGAUGAUUUUGAUCCACGUAAUUCUUUUACAGCAGUGCCCCCUUCUGUCACAUCAUCCCAGAUGGAUUUUGAUUUGUUUGGUCCGCCCUCUGAGCCAUUAGCUCUUCCAGCACCACCUACAAGUACAGUUUUACCAAACAGCACAUCCACUAAUGAGCUGAGCUCAGCAGCUGAUCUUUUUGGAGAUGCCAAUUUUGGUACAAGUUUUACUACAACGCCUGCUCCAAGUUCUCAUAAUCAGCCAAGUGAAGAUCUUUUUGGUGAGUCUCCUUUUAAGGUGUCAUCUACUUCACCACAAGAUCCUUUUGCUGCACAAACAGACAGUAGUUCAGUGUCUGCAGCCCUUUCCUUGAGCACUGAGAACAACACAGCAUUUGGGACAUUCUCAGCUACCGCUGCUCCAAAUGCUAACGGUGCAGGCAGUUUUGGUCUUUCAGAUGCUUUUCAGACAGGGCCACCUAAUCCAUUUGGGGCUGUCCUGCCAGCACAGGGUGCAGGUCCGUCAAAUCUUUACCAGUUAGAGACACACAUGCAAGAUUCAUCGCAGAUGCAAGCAUCGAUGCAGAUGCAAACACAGGUGCAGCCUGUACCAAUGCAGAUGCAAACACAGGUGCAGCCUGCACCAAUGCAGCUUCAAACACUGGCACAGCCUGCACCAACACAGAUGCAAGCAACAGUGCAGAUGCAUACACAGGUGCAGCCUGCACCAACGUUGAUGCAAGCACCUAUGCAGAUGCAAGCACCUCCACAGAUGCAAGCACCUAUGCAGAUGCAAACACAGCCACAGUCUGCAUCAAUGCAGAUGCAAGCACCUCCUCAGAUGCAAAUACAGCCACAACCUUUGGCAUUUGAAUUUGCUCAACCCCAAUCUACUCAUAAAAUGGCUUCUAUGAAGACGCCGGAUCAGCCAAUCAUGCAGGUUACACAGACCCAAAAUGUGAAUACAAACACUCAAGGAAAGUCUCAGCAAAAGAAAUUUGAACCAAAAUCAGCUGUUUGGGCUGAUACAUUAAGCCGGGGUCUUGUUGAUUUGAAUAUUUCUGGACCCAAAAUUAACCCUCUGGCAGACAUUGGAAUUGAUCUAGAUUCACUCAACAGGUUGGAGAAAAGGAGGGAGGCAAAGGAGAGAACAUCUACUGGAUCUGGGUCUGUGUCAUCAAGUGGUUUAUCUAUGGGAAAAGCAAUGGGAUCAGGUACUGGCCUGGGCCGAGCAGGAGCAAGUGUAAUAUCUACUCCACCUCCCCCAAUGGUUAAUUCAAUGGGUAUGGGUAUGGGCACUAGUGGUUAUGGUAUGGGACCAAUUUCUAACAUGAGUAUGGGUGCUGGCAUGGGCAUGGGUAUGGGCAUGGGUAUGGGCAUGGGGAUGACUAUGGGACCUGGCACAGGAAUGAAUCCGGCAAUGCCUGGAAUAGGAAUGAGGCCCCCCAUGAGCAUGCCACCAGCAACUGGAAUUGGAAUGAACCCAAUGAUUGGUAUGGGUGGUUAUGCUACACAACAGCAGCCAUAUCCUGGGUAUAGAUGAGGCUUGUUUUGCAUGAAGCAUACUGCAUUGGCUUGCUUCAUUUGUGAGUUUGGCAUCUGUGGUAGAGAAGGUUAGAAAGAUAUUCAUAUCACAGAAUCAGUUGGGCUGGCAAUAUUACUCAACAACAUCAGAAGCACCAUCCUCCGAUGCAGGCUUAGAUUGAGGUUUAUGUGGUAUUCCCUGACAAUACAUCUGUUAAAAUAGGUGUCAUCAUUUGGCAUGUGUGUACUAAUCCAUCAUAAUAGACAGCAAGCUCUUGUAUGGUUUGUAAUUGUGAUGUCUUAAAGGUAAUGGUCUCUCAGGUUCGUCUCCAAUGCUUCUUGACUAAUGAUUCUAGAAUCUAUAUAACUGUAGCUGAGAGAAGCUUGCGUAUGAUAGUAAAUUCUUUGUCAUUUGAUCCUCCCAUUUGGAGGAUGGUUUUGACGUAAGUGAUUCAUAUAUAUUUCAAAGUUCAUUUUCA